AUGGCCCUUUCCCCGAGCCCCCUGGCUAUGGAAUAUGUUAAUGACUUUGACUUGAUGAAGUUUGAAAUAAAGCGGGAACCCCCAGAGGGCCGACCUGGACUCCCCACAGCCUCACUGGGCUCCACACCUUACAGCUCGGUGCCUCCUUCACCCACCUUCAGUGAGCCGGGCAUGAUGGGCAGCAGUGAGGACCCCAGGCCAGGCCUGGAGGAGCUGUAUUGGUUGGCCACGCUACAGCAGCAGCUGGGGGCUGAUGAGGUGCUGGGGCUGAGUCCUGAUGAGGCUGUGGAGCUGCUUCAGAACCAGGGCCCAGUCCCUGGAGAAGGGCCCCAUGGCUACUAUUCAGGGAGCCCAGGAGAGACAGGAGCCCAGCAUGCCCAGCUGCCCGAGAGAUUUUCGGACGCGGCGCUGGUCUCGAUGUCUGUGCGCGAGCUGAACCGGCAGCUGCGGGGCUGCGGGCGCGACGAGGCUCUGCGGCUGAAGCAGAGGCGCCGCACACUCAAGAACCGCGGCUACGCGCAGGCCUGUCGCUCCAAGCGGCUGCAGCAGCGGCGCGGGCUGGAGGCCGAGCGUGCCCGCUUGGCCGCCCAGCUGGACGCACUGCGGGCCGAGGUGGCCCGACUCGCUCGCGAGCGCGACCUCUACAAGGCCCGCUGUGACCGGCUGAUCUCCAGCGGCCCUGGGUCCGACGACCACGCUCACCUCUUCCUCUGA